UUACAAAGCAAGGCGCGCGUAUGCGUCCGUCCGCACACAUUGAAGCCUUUAUAUAUAAGGAAGAUCUUACCGUUUGCCCAUUCAGAGUAUUGUCCGUUCAGGAAAUCACCUGUUUUUGACUUUGUCGCAUCAUGACGCUACCAAGAUCGAUUUUUGCCAUCUGUUUGUUGCUCGUAUUGGCGGAAUGCACAGCGUAUAUUGCCAACGAAUCAAGACCCCAAGUAUUACAAUAUGAAAUGGAGACAGCGAAUAUGCCUAAUUCAUACAAAUUUCACUAUGACGCAAGCGACGGGUCAUCUCGAACUGAGCACGGUGCCAUACUGAACCCAGGUACGAAAGACUCGGCACUAGACGUAGCCGGUGCUGUCCGUUGGUACGACGACAAAGGUCAUCUCUACGAAAUGACCUAUAAAGCGGGGAAGAGAGGCUACAGAACGAUUAUAAAGAAGCUUUCAUAGGCCGAUACAAAAAUUAAAAGACUGGAAUCUCUUUAUUUGUUUCCUAAUAUUUAUUAAAUUAUUGUUGUUCGAUUUGUAAUAAAUUUAAUUAAGAUA